AUGGCUCGUCUGCCUUUAAUAGUACAAAGUGAGAGGCGUAAAAGAAUUGGUCUUGCUAUUACAAUGUGGUUGCAAAUGUGUACAGUUGCGAGGGAAUUGAAGUCGUCAAGGAACAUGCUUGUUGAUGAGCAAGUGGCAAUGUUUUUACAUAUCAUUUCUCAUCACCUUAAAAAUCGAGUUAUCAAGCAUCACUUUAAUAGGUCCAGGGAAAUUGUUAGCAGAUCAUUUCACAAUGUUUUAAAUGCUGCCAUACGCUUACAAGAUGUGUUAUUUAAAAAGGCAGAGCCAAUUACAGCUAAUUCUACAGAUCCAAGGUGGAAAUGGUUUAAGAAUUACUUAGGUGCUUUAGAUGGAACCCACAUCAAGAUUAGGGUUCCAACAGUUGAUAAACUUAGAUAUCAAACGCGAAAGGGUGACAUAGCAACAAAUAUGUUAGGUGUUUGUACACCUGAUAUGCAAUUUGUUUAUGUUCUUCCUGGUUGGGAAGGUUCUGUUGCUGAUGGACGAGUUCUUCGAGAUGCCAUUAGUAGGAGACAUGGACUAAAAGUUCCUCAUGGUUGUUAUUAUCUUGUUGAUCUUGGAUACACAAAUUGUGAGGAUUUCUUGCUCCUUUUAGAGGACAAAGAUAUCAUUUGA